AUGAUGUUUUUCCAUCAAAUCUUCUUGUUGAAAGUGUUGAGUGUUGUAUUAGCGGAUGAUCCGAUUUGCCCAUCACGAUAUUCAUAUCAAAAUGAUCUUGGUCUUUGCGUGGCCUAUUCAACGUUACCAGAAGUAUGGUCAGUGGCGUUGACGGAGUGUCAGAGAGCGACGAAGAGUUGGCUGGGAGCCCAAUAUUUGAAUGGAACAUGGAAAUGGUCGGAUGGAAGUCCAUUUGAUUAUCAACGAUUCCAGUCAAGCAACACCGGUGGUUGUGUCUAUUUGGAUCAACAAGAUUUACUCUGGAAGCUCACCUCGUGUACGGCUGGAUUGUUUCCCUAUGUUUGUGGGGCUCAACCGCUUCCCUCUCCAACGCCAACCGAUAGCCAAACAACGCAAAUCGUUCAGAGUACAACAAGUGAACGAGGGUUGACUUGUUUGCCAAUCCAACAGCAGCUUCCAUACACGUGCAAUCAGGGUUGGCAAUAUUUUCCGAAUAACGGAUACGAAUAUUUGAUUGUGAUGGAUAAAACUUUCGCGGAUGCUGAAUCGUAUUGUGUGAGCCAAGGGGCUCAUUUAGCAUCGAUUCACAGUGCUGAAGAGAACGAUUUCAUCUCAAGCCUUUGUUGUCCAUCUGGAUGUGGCCACGAUCACACGGGGAAAUAUUAUGGCGCCUACAUCACCGGGGGAAAACAUGUUGGUCAAAAUUUGGUUUGGACUGACGGGAGCCCAUUUGAUUAUCAACACGAUUCAUGUAUCGACGAUCACGAAGAUGGGGAUUUUCUUUUGAUUCUAAACUUCGAAUGUGAUGGUGGCUGUGCGCAGCAGGGGAUUUGGGAUUGGAACGCCUGGUUCAACAGCCGAAUGAUUUCUUAUGGAGUUUGCAAGAGAAAGCGCUCGCCA